UGGACGCAUCAUCUCAGCUGCUGUCAAACGCGAAUAAACGUCACCUGGGACUAAAUUACAAUAAUUGUUCCCAAAACAGACCGCUAUUUAUUCCACCAUUAUCACCUUACUCUACAUAAACUACAUCAUUUAUUUUCUAGCCGUUUGAAAGAGGAUCAGCCAUCAUGUUCUACACCUGUGGUCCUAACGAGGCUAUGGUGGUGUCAGGGUUUUGUCGUUCUCCUCCACUGAUGAUACCUGGAGGCCGAGUGUUCGUCAUCCCGUGCAUCCAGCAGUUACAGAGGUCGGCAAAUAUGAAUGUUUACUGUUUUCUGUCCAUCUUUAUUCCUGACAUUGGUGCUUUUUCAUCUCACGCCUAGACUACUGCAACUCACGCCGAGACUCUCACGCCUAGACUACGACAACUCUCGCCUAGACUCUCACGCCUAGACUACUGAAACUCCCUCCUGGCUGGUCUACCUGCAUGUGCCAUCCGACCUCUGCAGCUCAUCCAGAAUGCAGCGGCUAAAUGCAAUGAUUUCUCUGAACACGCUGACUCUGAAUGUGAAGAGCGAUAAAGUGUACACCCGCCAUGGGGUGCCUGUCUCCGUCACCGGGAUAGCCCAGAUGAAGAUCCAGGGUCAGAACAAACAGAUGCUGGCUGCAGCUUGCCAAAUGUUCAUGGGGAAGUCAGAAGCAGAGAUCGCUCAGAUCGCCUUGGAGACGCUGGAGGGACACCAGCGGGCCAUCAUCGCCCACCUGACUGUGGAGGAGAUCUACAAGGACAGGAAGAAGUUCUCGGAGCAGGUUUUUAAGGUGGCCUCCUCUGACCUGGUCAACAUGGGCAUCAGCGUGGUCAGCUACACGCUCAAAGACGUUCACGACGACCAGGAUUAUCUGCAUUCACUGGGGAAGGCUCGAACAGCCCAGGUUCAGAAGGACGCCCGCAUUGGAGAGGCCAAGAACAAGAGAGAUGCUGUGAUCAGGGAGGCUCAUGCGAUGCAGGAGAAAGUCUCGGCUCAGUACAAGAAUGAGAUCGACAUGGCGAGGGCUCAGAGGGACUAUGAGCUGAAGAAGGCAGCCUAUGACCUGGAGGUGAACACUAAGAAGGCGGAGUCGGAGAUGGCCUACCAGCUGCAGGUGGCCAAGACGAAGCAGCGCAUAGAGGAGGAGAAAAUGCAGGUCCAGGUGGUGGAGCGCACGCAGCAGAUCAUGCUGCAGGAGCAGGAGAUCACCCGUAGGGAGAAGGAGCUGGAGGCCAAGGUGAAGAAACCUGCAGACGCUGAGCGGUACCGCCUGGAGAAGCUGGCUGAAGCUCAGCGUCUCAAGAUGAUCAUGGAGGCGGAGGCUGAAGCCGAGUCCAUCAGGAUGAAAGGUGAAGCCGAGGCGUUUGCCGUGGAGGCCAAAGGUCGCGCUCAGGCGGAGCAGAUGGCCAAGAAGGCAGAGGCCUUCCAACAGUACAAGGAUGGAGCCAUGGUGGACAUGCUGCUGGAGAAACUGCCUCUGAUGGCAGAAGAGAUCAGCCGGCCUCUGUGUGAAGCCAAUAAGAUCACCAUGGUGUCCAGUGGGGGGGGGGAGGUGGGCGCAGCCAAACUGUCAGGAGAGGUGAUGGACAUCAUGGUCCGCCUCCCCGCCGCCGUGGAGAAACUGACCGGAGUCAACAUCUCCCAGGUGACCUCAGGUACCGGCUGAAGAGAAACAGCAGUGUGGUGACCAGACAGAUCCACUCCAGCUCUUUGCAUGAGUCUGCUCACACUAACAGCCUCUCUCCUCUGAUCCCAUUUAGUCUUCAGCUGUGAUUCGGAGUUGCGAAAAUAUCAUAUUUGAUCACCGAUACGCGGCUCUAUGUGAUCUGAAGUACUGUGCUCCUCUGGCUACUGUCACUGUUGUUAUCUCGGUUGUUGUUUUUAUAUAGGCUACUGUUUUUUUUUAUUACAUUUAGCAUAAUCCCAUGACAUUCAAAUUACAAUUCUUCCACAUACUUUAUUUAAAAAACCCAGACUGUGACUUAAUUUACUUUGACUUUACCAGACUUUUAAAUGCUUAGCAACAACACCUUUUAACAGAAGCCUCUUUGUAUCCCAUACUUUUUCCCCCCAUUCAUUUUAAAAUUCCUUUUUCUUUUCAUCCCUGUUUUUCUCUCUGCAGUAUGUCACAUUGUGUGUGUCUGUGUCACUGUAUUGAGAAUUAUUUAUUUGUCUGAGUCACUUUCACUGUCUGUGUUUAACUGUAAAUGUCUCCUCCAUAACUGCCUGUCCACUGCCUUGCUGCCAAACCUUAAGUGCAUCUUAACAUGAGUUUGUAACACAAACACGGCUUCAUUUCCUAAUCCUUCUAACAUGUCAUACUCUAAUUAAUACUAGGACAAAACCACCGCCUGUGGUCAUGGCCAUCACUCAUCCUCAUCAUGGGAUUUGAUUAGUGUAAUCAUUUUGAAAUUAGAUUUUUCAAGUUGUCAUGGAUGGUCUAAGCCAGGGGUAUCAAACUCAAGGCCCGGGGGCCAAAUCCGGCCCGCAACUUCAUUUUAUGUGGCCCCACAAGAGCUUGCAAAGAAUAUAAUAUGUUUAUUAUACGGUUACAUGCUACUUUACAGAAGCACGUUGCCCAUAAACUACA